GUGAAACAGGAAGCGAGAAUGAAAGACAUCCAGUGUACUCUAUUGGUCACACGCCCCAUCCUUCCCUCCUCUGUCGAGGGCAGGACUUCUGACAUCACUCAACAGGCAGCUCAGGGCGAAUUCACUUCAACUAACUGGGGAGAGAGAAGAGGCGAGAUGACCAGUGUGGAGCCUUUACACCUGACCAUGUGUGUUAAUAAAGAAGAAAGUGAGAAGAGGUUAGGGUCACAACUCAGCAUAAUUGGAGAGAGCGCAUGCCAAUGUCUACACUCUCGACUGGAAGAAAUAGAGGACACAGGACAGGAACAAACGAGAAAGAACAGAUACAAUAGUCACAGUGUCGAAGAGCCUUUUAAAAAGGAAUCCAUCUGCAACACUGGAGAGAUAGAGUUUUUUGGAUUUGGCAAGAAGUAUGGUAAGUUUGUCCAGGUAUCCUGCAACACUUCCCCAGGUGCCAUAUUUGAGUUGUUGACUCAUGAAUGGAAUGUGCCAGUCCCAAACCUAGUUGUAUCAAUCGUUGGAGGAGAAGAUAAUAUUUUUCUAAAACCGUGGCUUCGGGAUGCUAUUCGGAAAGGUCUGGUGAAAGCUGCUCAAAGCACAGGAGCCUGGAUAAUUACAAGUGGUCUGCGGGCUGGAGUCACCAAACUCAUUGGGGAAGCGGUCCGUGAUCAUGCCUUGGCCAGCACUUCCACCAAAAUCAAAGUCUUUGCAAUUGGAAUCUCCCCAGUGGAAAUUAUUGCUGACCGUGAAGCCUUGAACAAUGUUAAGAAGCACCAUCCAGCAGUCUACCGGGUUGAUGAGGAAGCACAAGGUCCUCUCUACCCCUUGGACAACAACCACUCCCACUUCAUACUAGUGGAUGACAAGACUCCCAAUGGCACCACAAAUCUUUGGCUGAAACUGCUGAAACAUAUUUCUGAACAGCGCACUGGCUAUGCAGGUACAGGGAGCAUUGAAAUUCCCGUGCUUUGUGUUCUUGUACAUGGCCACCCAAAGCUGUUGCAGAAGUUGCACCAGGGGGUGGAAAAUUCUGUUCCGUGGCUGAUCCUGGCUGGAUCAGGAGGCAUAGCUGAUGUCAUUGCUUCACUGAUGCAUGGACCUGUGGUACCCGAAAUUGUACAAGAGCAGCUUCAAGAAAAAUUCCCCAGAGAAACCUUUACCAGAGAGAAGAUUCUUGAAUGGACCAAACUGAUUCAAAACAUUAUGGCCAAGGACCAUAUCUUAACAGUUCAUAAUUCGGAGCAGGAGAACUCGGAAGAGUUGGAUACCAUUAUCCUGAAAGCCCUUGUCAAAGCUUGCAAAAGUCAAACCAGUGAAGCCCAGGAAUACCUGGAUGAACUAAAACUUGCUGUUGCUUGGAACAGGGUAGAUAUUGCCAAGAGUGAGAUCUUCAAUGGCGAUGUGGAGUGGAAGUCUUGUGACUUGGAAGAUGUAAUGAUGGAUGCCUUGGUGAAUGACAAGCCAGAAUUUGUUCGGCUCUUCAUUGAUAAUGGGAUGAAUAUGUACGACUUCCUCACUUAUGGCCGGCUCCAAGAACUCUAUCGUUCCAUCUCGCAAAAGUGCCUCCUCUAUGAACUCUUACUGAAAAAACUUGAGGAGCACAGGCUUACUAUAACAGGCAUUAACACCCCUUCACAUCGGGACUUUCCAGAGAAGAGACCCAAGUUUACCCUGUAUGAAGUAUCUAAGGUGCUGAGAGAUUUCCUGCAUGAUGCGUGCAAGGGAAUUUUCCAGGAAUCCAACUGCUCUCGCAAGCACAUGGGUGUUAAAAAAUCAAUAGCGGAACUAAACAGCAAGUUACGUGGUCAAAGAUUGUUCACAAUGCCUGACUUAAACCAAACUUUUGAAAACCCUUGGCGAGACCUCUUUUUGUGGGCAGUGCUACAGAACCGACAGGAGAUGGCCAACUAUUUCUGGGAAAUGGGCCCAGAAGCCGUGCCUGCAGCACUGGCAGCGUGCAAGAUUUUGAAAGAAAUGGCUCGGCUGGAGUCGGACGCAGAGACCGCCCGGAGCAUGAAGGGGGCGAAGUACGAUCAGCUGGCGAUAGACCUGUUUAGUGAGUGUUACGCCAACAGUGAAGACAGAGCCUUUUACUUACUGAUUCGUAAGACCAAGUACUGGAGCAAGACCACCUGCCUGCAGCUAGCUACUGAAGCAGAUGCCAAAUCUUUCUUUGCACAUGAUGGGGUUCAGGCUCUAUUGACUAAAAUCUGGUGGGGCGAUAUGUCGACUGAUACUCCAUUCUGGAAGUUGCUGUCAGGAUUCUGUUGCCCUCCUCUAAUAUUUACAAACCUUAUUACCUUCAGUGCACAUGACCACACCUCCACAGAGGAAUCUGACCAGCUGAGAGAACAGAACAGUUUUGACAUGGAAAAGGCUUUACUGCUCCAAGACGAGGCAAACAGCAGUGAGAAAGAUGGAAAAAGACUUUGCCAAGGAAACCAACACUGGGAAUUUAUCAUACGAAGAUGGAAGAAAUUCUGGGGUGCUCCUGUAACUGUGUUCCUGGGGAAUGUGAUACUGUACUUUGCAUUUCUGUCCCUUUUCGCAUAUGUUUUGCUGGUGGACUUCCAGCCUCCACCUCCUAUCGGUCCUUCUAUGGCAGAGAUAACGCUCUACUUCUGGGUUUUCACCUUGGCCCUGGAGGAGCUCAGACAGAGUUUUUUCACUGAAGGAAACACUAACAUAGUGAAGAAAUUUAAGCUCUAUGCGGAGGAUUCAUGGAACAAGUGUGACAUGGUGGCCCUGGUAUUGUUCAUAGUGGCAGUAACAUGCAGAAUGCUCUCUGUCACAUAUGAUGCCGGCCGCGCAACACUGUGCCUGGAUUUCAUGGUGUUUGCUCUGAGAUUGAUUCACAUCUUUGCCAUUAAUAAGCAGCUGGGGCCAAAGAUUAUUAUUGUGGAACGGAUGAUGAAAGAUGUCUUCUUCUUCCUGUUUUUUCUGUGUGUUUGGCUUGUUGCCUACGGGGUGGCCACUCAGGCACUGCUGCACCCCAAUGAGACUCGGGUGGACUGGAUCUUCAGGCACGUUCUCUACAGACCUUACCUUCAGAUAUUUGGCCAGAUUCCACUGGAUGAAAUAGAUGAAGUUCGGAUGGUUAAUCGACCAUGCGUUGGCAACGAAGGCAAUGUAACAAUGGGAGCUAACUUACCCCACUGCAUUAAUCGCUAUGCAAAUUGGCUGGUCAUCAUGCUACUGGUCAUCUUCCUGCUGGUCACUAACGUAUUGCUGUUGAACCUUUUGAUCGCAAUGUUCAGUUAUACCUUCCAGGUUGUACAAGUAAACACGGAUAUAUUUUGGAAAUUCCAGCGCUACAAUCUGAUAGUGGAGUAUCACAGCCGGCCUGCUCUGGCCCCACCCUUCAUCAUCAUCAGUCACCUGAACCUUUUCAUUCGAACGAUUAUUAAGGAACCACAGCACAAGCAAGAGCAUUUUGAAAAAAAAUUACCGGAGGGCUUGGACCAGAAAAUCAGGAUCUGGGAAUCUGUACAAAAAGAGAAUUAUCUUGCCAAUUUGGAAAAGGGGAAGAGAGAAAGCAGCACUGAACGACUGAAGAAAACCUCCACCAAGGUAGAUUCGUUACUUAAAUCCAUAAGUGGACUUCAAGAGAGGGAGAAACGCCUUGUAACCCUUGAGGCAAAGAUGAAAUACUGCAGUGAUGUUCUAUCCUGGAUGACUGAAUCCUUUAUUCAACAUAACCUACAUUGCAACAAUCCUCCUCCAACCCAUACAGAUUCUCCGAUUCCAGUCUACAAAAAACCACCACUGAAUGCAUUAACGGCAGACGUUACUGACUGUCCAGUGGAUAUAGAGGCAAUAGCCAUGCCGUACAUCGAUAACUAGUUUCAGCAGGGAAAGUGCUCUGGUACAGAGAAAGAUAAUGAAGGUUUCACUAUUAUUUCACUAGCAUUAAUCUUUAUCCUCUGUGGCAACACCUACAGCAAAAAAAAGUACACAUUUUAAAAUUGGAUUUUAAUUUUGGGGAAACUCACUUGUACUGUUUGGAAAAUAAAUGUUGAGUAAAAGGCAAACAAACAUAUCUUGUAGCAAUGACAUAUCAGAUCAUUGAUAUCUUUGCUUAAUAUACCUGAGUGAAGUCUGAUGCUCACUAGUGUAAAAAUGCAAUUACUAAACAAACAAAAUAGUUGAAAAUAAACCAACUUGUUCAGUGG